GAGAAGCUUCCAGUCAGGCUGCGUUCUUUUGCCAUUUCCUUUUUACCUGUCCGUGAAGCCACAUAUCUGAAACAUGGCUCUCCGAGUGACCACCAGAAAUCGCAUCGGUUCCACCAGAGCCGAGCUCGGGGGAAAGGCCUGCUCGGUGACCGGGCCCACGAAGCCUCGAGCUGCGCUGGGAGAAAUAGGAAACAUCGCUGUUAACAAAGAGGCGCAGAAAAAGACUGUCAAGACCGAGGCCACAAAGAAGACUAAAGUCACCAAAGUUCAAAAGGUGGAACCCAAACCAGAGGUGCUGCCUCCUCCUCCUCCUCAGCCUGAGCCGCAGGCCCAGCCCGAGCCGGCCUCCCCCUCCCCCAUGGAGACGUCCGGCUGCGAGCCCGCCGACCUCUGCCAGGCGUUCUCGGACGUCCUGCUCAACACGGCCAUCAAGGACGUGGACGCCGACGACUACGACAACCCCAUGCUCUGCAGCGAGUACGUGAAGGAGAUCUACAAGUACAUGCGUCAGCUGGAGGCGGAGCAGAGCGUCAGACCUGCCUACCUGCAGGGUCAGGAGGUCACUGGCAACAUGAGGGCCAUCCUCAUCGACUGGCUGGUCCAGGUCAACCUCAAGUUCCGCCUGCUGCAGGAGACCAUGUACAUGACUGUAGGCAUGAUUGACCGCUUCCUUCAGGACCACCCGGUCUCCAAGAAGCAGCUGCAGCUGGUGGGCGUGUCGGCCAUGUUCCUGGCCUCCAAGUACGAGGAGAUGUACCCGCCGGAGAUCUCCGACUUCGCCUACGUGACGGACCGGGCCUACACCACCGCCCAGAUCCGAGACAUGGAGAUGCUGAUCCUGCGGGUGCUGAAGUUCGAGCUGGGCCGACCCCUGCCCCUGCAGUUCCUCCGGCGGGCCUCCAAGAUCUACGAGGUGACGGCUGAGCAGCACACCCUGGCUAAGUAUCUGCUGGAGCUCACCAUGGUGGACUAUGAGAUGGUCCACUUCCCGCCCUCCAUGGUGGCGAGUGCCGCUCUGGCUCUCACCUUGAAGAUCCUGGAUGUGGGCGACUGGGACGUGACGCUGCAGCACUACAUGGGCUACACGGCAGAGAGUUUGAUUCCUGUGAUGGCGCACAUCGCCAAGAACGUGGUGAAGGUGAACGACGGGCUGACCAAACACAUGGCGGUGAAGGGGAAGUACUCCACGUCCAAGCAGAUGAGGAUCGCCACCAUCCCGCAGCUCAAAUCUUCCGUGGUCAAAGAGUUCGCCAAGAAGCUCGCCCAGUGAGCCGACAUCCCUGGCACCGUGUGCUGACUUGUACAAAUGUAUUUUAACACUUUGGACUUUUACUUUUGAAGAUGUGUCAAUGUUUACAGACCUCUUUGGUUGUGGCACCUCUUCAAAAAAACCUGAAGUCCAGUAGCUGUAAAACUUUAGCUUUUUACUGUUUUUAUUGUUUUCAUGUUGGGAGUGACUUGUAUAACGUGUACAGUGAUGCGUUUUUAGUGACUUGAUUGUAAUUUUUUUUUUUUUAAAUUCUAUUAAAUGGUUUCGACCAGAUUUUUGUUUUUGGGUUUUGUUCAGAUUCUGCCACCAGAGGGCGCUGUGGGUUCAGGAGAGUAAACCAGUUCCUUCAGCUUUUGCAAAGUGAUGAAGAGGUUUUGAAACUUGUUUGGUUUAGUUAGACCUUCUGUCCUCACGUGGCUUUAAUUUCAACAAAUGACUAAUUUGUGGAGUUUUUAACAUUUUUACUUUAUAUUUAAAUCUUUAAUAAAACCACAAAUGUAGAAAAGCAA